AUGGUGCGCUACAAGUUUGAUGUUGGUGUUGAUGACACUCGCAAGGAAGCUUUCCGUGCAGCAGCAGCAGACUGGCGCACGCACACCUGCAUCGCAGUGGUGGAGGAUGAUAACGCAGAAUAUCCUUACAUCCUGGUGGGCAUCUAUGCUGAAGGAAGCUGUUGGGCCUACUUGGGACGACCUUCGACUUUCCACAAGAUCAACCUGGGAUGGUGCAAAACCAUGAGCCACAAAGGAUCAAUGGUCCAUGAACUUGGCCAUGGUUUGGGCGUCAACCAUGAGCAAAAGCGUGCUGAUGGGUCGCAACAAUAUCAUGGCAAGGGACCACACCUUGAGAUGUUUUGGCAGAACACUGAGUCAUGGGGAAGUCAGUACACCCCUGCCGUCAAUACCUACAUCGGUUCUGCACAUGAUGGUGGAGACGACCCUCAAAUUGGCUAUGCUCCGUAUGACUUUGAGAGCAUUAUGCACUACUUUCGACAGCGAAAUGCCGACCACACUAUCAACGACGGCUGGUACUUCAACACCAUUCCAUCGUCUGCCCAGAGCCUCGUCGGGCAACGCAAUGCCUUGUCUGCAGGGGACAUCAAGCAAGCCUUGGUCACCCUUAGCACAUCGGCAUGGGUCAGCAUUGCUUUCACGACGCCUUUCGCAGCAGUUCCAGUGGUGGUUGUGACUCCAACCGAGACAGGAACCACGGAUCCAGCAUCCAUUCGCUUAAAGGACAUCACUACCACUGGUUUCUCAGCAAUUGUUGCCAAACCACCAAACAAAGCUGUGGGUAACAGCGCCAUGACAGUGACUUUCCUUGCAGCUGCGCCGGGCGUGCGCCAACUCGGAGGACUUUGGAUGGAGGCUGGUACAAUUUCAACGCAAAAAUUGGCGUAUUCCACGAAGUGCUUAGGUUCAGGCCUCCCCGCGAUCUCGUGGGAGAAGAUCUCCUUUGCCCAUCAGUUUCCAGCCCCACCGGCUUUCCUCAGCAGCAUUCAGACCGUAAACAAUGAAAAUGGUCUGCCAUCGAACUCACAACCAUGGCUCACCGUUAGUUUGAACAGCGUGAAAGUGAAUGAAGCAUGGGUUGCUUUGGACAGGGCAGAAACAACCAGAUAUGGACAGGCAGCUUACUGA